AUCCGAGUGUGGGAAGUGGCUUCGUCAUCCAAUGACCCUAGAGACUACUGUUAAGGUUGCUACAUGGACCAAGCGCUGUGUUUAUUUGAAUGGUGGUUUGUACAUGUUAUCUCACUCAAAACACCUUUUAUAUUUUGACCUCAAUGAAUUGAAUGCUCAUGCUACUGAACUUCCAGAGAAGGAUAAAACAGAUGUAUGGGGUUUCAUUGGUGUCUCCAGGGGCUGUUUAUAUUAUUCAAAUCAUGAUGGCUCAACCUUGUUUGUUUGGGCACUUCAGGUCCAUCACAAAAUGAGCAUAUGGAUAUUGAAGCAAACUAUUCGCAUAAAUGAUUUUGUCAAAGAUUGCUACAGUGGAAUAUGGCGCAUCGUUGAGAAACCUUCAUGGUUUAAGCCAUAUGCAUUGGAUCCAAACUCUGAAGUAAUUUUCAUUGGGGUUAACAGAGGAGUUUUUAGGUAUAAUCCUGACAACAAGACAUUGGAAUUGGUUUAUUCUGUGACUCCAGAUGAAGGAAUAUUCACUGGUGAUUGUGCUGUGUUUACAUAUACUCCUUGCCUGGUGAAUUUGAAAGACUGCAGGCAUGUUCCAUAUGUCUUGGGGUAAUGGUUAUGAAAUGAAGCAUUCACUGAAAAGCAGUUGAGUUGUUUUGCCUCUUUCUUAUCAGAUUCCCUGCUUCCUUCUUGUUGAUUCUUUAUUGUGGAAAUAGUCAGAUUCAUGCUAUCCUUGCCUUUUGGACCGAUUAGCAUUAAAUAGCGCAGAAUGGUAACGUGUAGUGACCUCGUCAUUUGUUUCAUAUUGUCUAAUUGUUGUCCUUCAAAAGGUCGAUUAUGUAUUUUAGAUUAUGCUAACUUCGUACUGUUUUUAUCUUUGAUUUUGUCAAAGACUGCUUGAACGGAGUAUGGCAAUAUAUUGCUACUCCAUGGUUUAAGCCAUGUGCAAUGGAUCCAAAUUGUGAAGUGAUUUUCAUUUUGA